CAUAUCAAAAAAUUUCCAUGCAGUUACAUUGUUUAUGAGUUUCACAUCAUAAUUUUCCGUUUACAUAUCAUUGUUUCAUCGCCAAUUUAAGGCCAAAUAAAGUUAAUUCAGUUUGACCGAAAAAAGUGUACAAGAACAAAUUAAGACGUUAGACGUGGAAAAAUGACUGACGGAGAAAAAAUAGAUGUUUCUUUUUGACGACAAUUUCAGAGAUUUGAAAAUGGCUAUAAAAAUCCCACCUGAAGAUAAUGGAAAUAUUCAGCGAUCGUUUGCUCCUAUACGCCGGGAUCACACUGCUUCCGUUUCUUCCGAACGAAACAGCAACAUAUUUUCAACAGUUGUCAUAGUCCCGAUUGUGGCUAUUUUAGUGGUGGCUAUAUUCGCUUGGUUUUUGGGCUCGCCUACCAUAAUCGUUAACAGAGGCAUGAACGGAGUCAUCGUCUGGGGCAAUACGAAUAUUCAUGGCAACGAUGAAGAAUCGCUUCAGAAAUUGCUUAAAUAUCUGGAGGAGACGAAGAAAAAUUGAAUGCAGUGCAUUCAACAUCUGUAUAAAAAAAAUGAAACCGAACGCCAACUCAUUCAAUGUCACAACCAUUUUACACUCUACGUGGAAUAUACAAGUUUUUUUUUAAAGCAAUUUUUUUGCUUUUUGUUACAAAAUGCUGUAUCUUCUCGACACGAAGACGCGCACAAUUUACCAGCUUUGUUCAUUCCAUCGAAAUAAACCAAAAAGAAGAAGAUGAAGAAAAUUUAAAUGAUUAUUCCGUUUUUAUUGAAUGCAAUUGAAUAUGGCUUUAAGUGAAUCCAAGAAAACUUAUGAAAUAAACAAGUGGAAAUGAUGUAAUGAUAAAUUUAGUAUAGUUUAUUUAUACAAUUAGAAAUAAAAUCGAA